UCGCUUCAACUUUUCAAUCGGCCAUUUCGAAUCAGCCGGCAUUCCACGCUAGUCCUGCGGCAGAGCGGGAUAUACCUCUUCAAGCGACACCUCUCCAAGAACACCUAACAAUGAACGAGACCGCCAUCUCUUUCGCCAAGGACUUCUUGGCCGGUGGUAUUGCCGCUGCUAUCUCUAAAACCGCCGUGGCCCCCAUCGAGAGAGUCAAGCUACUGCUUCAGGUGCAACAUGCUAGCAAACAGAUUACAGUGGAUAAGCAGUACAAGGGCAUUAUGGACUGCGUGGUGCGCAUUCCCAAGGAGCAGGGCUUCCUGUCGUUCUGGAGAGGAAACUUGGCCAAUGUCAUCAGAUACUUCCCCACCCAGGCCCUCAACUUUGCUUUCAAGGACAAGUACAAGAAGGUCUUCCUUGAUGGCGUGGACAAGCGCACCCAGUUCUGGAGGUACUUCGCUGGCAACCUGGCCUCAGGUGGUGCUGCCGGUGCCACAUCCCUCUGCUUUGUGUACCCCCUCGACUUCGCAAGAACCCGUCUGGCUGCUGAUGUCGGCAAGGCUGGAGCAGAGAGAGAGUUCUCUGGCCUGGGUAACUGCUUGGUAAAGAUCUUCAGGUCUGAUGGUCUCAAAGGAUUGUACCAGGGCUUCAACGUAUCUGUGCAGGGUAUCAUCAUUUACAGAGCCGCCUACUUCGGUAUCUACGACACAGCCAAGGGUAUGAUGCCAGAUCCCAAAAACACCCACAUUGUUGUCAGCUGGAUGAUUGCUCAGACUGUGACUGCUGUUGCUGGUCUUACAUCCUACCCCUUCGACACAGUCCGUCGUCGUAUGAUGAUGCAGUCUGGCCGCAAAGGAGCUGACAUCAUGUACAGUGGCACAAUUGACUGCUGGAAGAAGAUCGCGCGUGAUGAGGGUGGCAAGGCUUUCUUCAAGGGAGCCUGGUCCAAUGUUCUCAGAGGCAUGGGUGGUGCCUUUGUGCUGGUCUUGUAUGAUGAGCUGAAGAAGGUCAUUUAAAUGUUUCCUGUCCACCAUUCAAUGUGAGAUGUUUAACUGUAACAUAUCUUGUACAUUUGGAAGGACUCUCAAAUUCCGCCUUAUUUAUAGGGACCAACUAGUAUGUCAGUACUAGUUGUACUGGGGGAAAUUGUUUCUGCGGUUUUCUUUUGCCCCGUUCAUCUUAUUUUUCUCCUUUUGUUCCCCUCGCCAUACUGUCAUUCCCAGAAAGAAAGAUUGCCGGGUACUAAAAUCUACCCGUUUUCCAGCCGGUGUGUUUUUAGUCAUUGCAUCAAUAAAGACCCACAGAAUGAACCUAAA